AAUACAGAAAACCAAAACCCUAGGGUUUUGGACACUCUUCAUCGUCUCUUCUGCUCCUUCCAUGCAUCUUUUCUAUCACAAAUUUGAUCAUUUCAUAAAAAUUUCUACCUUGAAGAAGAAGGCAGAGAGCGAAAACAGCUAGGUAUUGAGCUAGAAUGGAUGCUAGGUUGGCUAAUACCUGGCGGCUGACUGUAAAUGAGAAGAAUUUUAUCAAAACUGCAUUGCAAUCUGAAAUCAGAAUUGAUGGUCGAAAACCAUAUGAGUACCGGAAAAUCACCAUCGUGUUUGGCAGGGAUGAUGGGUCAUCAGAGGUGCAGGUAGGUCAGACUCGUGUUAUGGGUAUUGUGACUGCCCAAUUGGUUCAACCAUAUCGAGAUCGGCCUAAUGAAGGGACACUUUCAAUUUUCACAGAAUUUUCACCAAUGGCUGAUCCUUCAUUUGAGCCAGGCCGUCCAGGAGAAUCUGCUGUCGAGUUGGGACGAAUAGUUGAUCGUGGCCUAAGGGAAAGCAGGGCUGUUGAUACUGAAUCACUUUGUGUUCUAGCUGGGAAGUUAGUGUGGGCCAUCCGUAUUGAUCUCCACAUACUAGAUAAUGGGGGAAACCUUGUUGAUGCUGCAAAUAUUGCUGCUUUGGCUGCUUUAUUGACCUUUCGAAGACCUGAGUGCUCACUGGGAGGAGAAGAUGGUCAACAAGUUAUAGUUCAUCCACCAGAGGUGAGGGAGCCACUUCCUUUGACCUUACAUCAUCUUCCUAUUGCAGUUACCUUUGGAUUUUUCAAUGAUGAGAGCAUUUUGGUCAUAGAUCCAACGCACAAUGAGGAGACUGUUAUGGCUGGAAGAAUGACUGCUACAGUUAAUGCAAAUGGUGAUAUUUGUGCAAUUCAAAAAGCUGGAGGUGAAGGUGUCACCCAGAGAGUCAUCAUGCAAUGUUUGCAACUUGCUAUUGCAAAGGCUGCUGGUAUAACAAAGCAAAUAAAAGAAGCAGUUGAGACGUACAAAACAGAGAGAUCUCUACAAAAUAUCAAACACCACCCUACUUCUGUUGGCACCAUUGUGCAAGAGAGCCAGAACCAAAACAGCAGUAAGGGUGGAGGUAUUGAGUCACCAGGAAACCAUUUGGAGAGAUUAAAGCUGUCAUCGGGUGAAACCUGCACAAGUCAAUUAUAUGAACAAAGGAAAACUACUAGGACAGAUGGCAAUGCAAAGAAUUUCAUCAGGGGGCCUGCUAGUUGGGAUCCUUACUCAAAAGGUGUUGAUCCAGAAUUACUGAAGACUUCACUAGCUUCACGAGGAAUGUCUACACCCAAUAAGAAACAAGACUGGGAAAAUGAGAAAAAGCCUGAUGAAGCUGAGCUAGAGGGGCCUCCAAAUGAUGCUAAUCUAGGCUCUUCAGCUAUUCAUGAAUCUGUAACUGAAAUGCAAACAAAUAAGGAGAAGACAUUGGUAGAUGCUGUGAAGCCCAAGAGCAAGAGAAAAAAGAAGGCAUCCUCCAAAACUGGUGCAACUUAGACAUUGGUUGCAGUUAUUAGUCCGUGGAUUUUUGGGGUAGGCAAUGAAACACGUGGUGUAGCUAUUAAGCUUUAGUUUAACAUUGGACUUUGGUAUGGAUACUUAGAAGAGCACUUACAUCACACAAUUCACAGCUCAAAAGGGCCUGUUACUUGGAUCAAGGCAUUGAGUUAUGACUUUUGCCCUGCCAUCUCCAGGGUGUUUUCUUCAGGCAUUAGAUUUAUGUCAAACUUUCUCACUGCUUCCCCCCACCCCCAUGUAAUUGCCAGAAAACUAUUAUUAUAGUUUUAUACAUUGAUACUCUUGCUUGUUUUGUACUUGUGUGAUCAAAUAUAUUUGUCAGUGAUAG